UCCGUGAGGGCGCUGAGGCGGGUGGCGGCCGGCCCCGGACCAAAUGAGAAGAGUUGAGUAGAAUUUCGCAAUGGAGGCAAGAUCCAUAGUCAUCGGCGUGGAGGGAAUGACAUGCCAUUCCUGCGUUCAGGCCAUUGAACAGCACGUCGGGAAGAGAAACGGUGUCCAUAACAUUAAAGUAUCUCUAGAGGAUAAAAAUGCCGUCAUUAUUUAUGACUCAAAGCUACAGACUCCAGCAACACUACAGGAAGCAAUAUAUGACAUGGGGUUUGAUGCUACAUCAGCUGGUUCAGACCCACAACCUGUUUUACCUGACACUAUUUUUCUUACUAUUCCUGCUCAGUCAGCUCUAUCAUCUAAAGAGAUUCGUAGUACACUACUGAAGAACAAAGGUAUCCUGGAUGUUAAAAUGUCCUCUGAUCAAAAAACUGCAGUGGUGACUUUCCUUUCUUCCAUUAUAAAUGGCAAGCAGAUUAUCCAGAUGGUCCCAGGAGUAGACUUAAAUAUUUCAGCACCAGAAGUGACUCCAGGAACGUGUGAAGAUUCCAGCUGGUCUCAAGCAAGUAGCGUUUUGUUGCGCCUGAAAGUGGAGGGGAUGACCUGUCAUUCCUGCACCAGCACUAUUGAAGGGAAAGUUGGCAAAUUGCAAGGAAUUCAACGGAUUAAAGUGUCCUUGGACAAUCAGGAAGCUGUUGUCAUGUAUCAGCCUCAUCUAAUUACAGCAGAAGAGAUAAAAUGUCAAAUUGAAGCUGUGGGCUUCACAGCAUCUUUCAAAAAGCAGCCUAGGCCCCUCCAGCUCAGUGCUAUUGACCUGGAAAGGUUGAAGAAUACUCAGACCAAAGGCUCUGAGACAACAUCACUGAAAGAAAACUCCAAGAAUGUGAACAAUACGAAGACUGUUGUCUUCAAAAUCGAUGGCAUGCACUGCAACUCGUGUGUCUUCAAUAUUCAGAGCACCAUAUCCGCACUCCCGUCGGUAACAAAUAUAGUUGUUUCGUUAGAGAAGAAAUCCGCCAUUGUAAACUAUAACCCAGACUUAAUUAGCGUAGAGGUACUGAGAAAAGCCAUAGAGGCAGUGUCUCCAGAGACGUUUAAAGUCAGCCUUCCUGACCAAUACGAACACGCAGCGCUUCUCUCUGCACUGGCAUCUGCACUGGCAUCUCCACUGAAGUCUCCUCAUACAGCUUUGAAGGAUGCUACCCAGCCGCUUACCCAAGUUGUUGUGAUAAAUAUUGAGGGGAUGACCUGUAAUUCUUGCGUGCAGUCUAUCGAGGGAGUCAUAUCCCAAAAGGCAGGUGUAAAAUCUAUUGAUGUCUCUCUGGCAAAUAGUAAUGGGACUAUAGAAUAUGACCCUCUGCUAACAAGCCCAGAAGACUUGCGAUCCUCAAUAGAGGAUAUGGGAUUUGAUGCAUCUUUAUCAGCAAAGACAGAACUCCCUGUGGGGAUAACUCAGCCCUCACCUGAAGAGCAGCUGGCAUCUCACAGAACUGAGCCUACCUCCAAAUUGUCACCAAACCAUGCGGCUAAACAAGAGGCAAAGAGCGUAUCCAAGUGCUAUGUCCAAGUCACAGGAAUGACGUGUGCUUCAUGUGUAGCCAAUAUCGAGAGGAAUUUGAGAAGAGAAGAUGGAAUACAUUCAAUACUUGUUGCCCUAAUGGCAGGAAAGGCAGAAGUGAGGUAUAAUCCUACUGUCAUACACCCUUCAGCUAUUGCAGAGCUCAUACGAGAACUGGGAUUUGGAGCUACUGUGAUGGAAAACUCUGGUGAAGGAGAUGGAAUUCUGGAUCUUGUUGUGAGAGGAAUGGCAUCUGCUUCCUGUGUGCACAAAAUAGAAUCUACCCUCAUGAAGACUAAUGGUGUUCUGUACUGCUCAGUAGCUCUUGCAACCAACAAAGCACACAUCAAAUACGAUCCUGAGAUUAUAGGUCCUCGAGAUGUGAUACAUGUGAUAAAGGAUUUAGGUUUCACGACUACUUUAGUCAAAAAAGAUAGAUCUGCUAGUCACCUAGAUCAUAAACGGGAAAUAAGGCAGUGGAGAAGGGCUUUUUUUGUGAGCCUGGCUUUCUGUAUUCCUGUCAUGGUGAUGAUGAUUUACAUGAUGGUUAAGGACAGCCAACUCUCAGAUGCUCGCGCACAUCACAACAUGAGUGAUGAGGAAAUGGAGGCCAUUCACUCCUCUAUGUUCCUGGAACGCCAGCUCCUGCCAGGAUUGUCUGUUAUGAAUUUUCUGUCAUUUUUACUUUGUGUCCCUGUACAGAUGUUUGGAGGCUGGCACUUCUAUAUACAGGCAUACAAAGCACUGAAGCACAAAACUGCAAACAUGGAUGUGCUCAUUGUUCUGGCAACCUCCAUUGCGUUCGUCUACUCAUUUGUUAUUCUUCUAGUUGCAAUGGCUGAAAAAGCAAAAGUAAACCCCGUGACUUUCUUUGACACGCCUCCCAUGCUGCUUGCGUUCAUCUCAUUGGGCCGGUGGCUAGAGCACGUUGCGAAGGGUAAAACAUCAGAAGCACUGGCUAGACUAAUUUCAUUACAAGCUACUGAAGCAACUAUUGUUACCUUGGGCCCUGAUAACGUUCUCUUAAGUGAAGAGCAAGUUGAUGUUGAACUGGUCCAGCGAGGUGACAUUGUCAAAGUGGUGCCAGGAGGCAAAUUCCCAGUGGAUGGGCGUGUUAUUGAAGGACACUCAAUGGUAGAUGAAUCUCUUAUCACAGGUGAAGCGAUGCCUGUGACUAAGAAACCUGGCAGUACAGUUAUUGCAGGUUCUAUUAAUCAGAAUGGAUCUCUGCUGAUUUCGGCAACCCAUGUUGGAGCUGAUACAACUCUUUCACAGAUAGUUAAACUGGUGGAGGAGGCCCAGACCUCAAAGGCUCCUAUUCAGCAAUUUGCAGACAAACUUAGUGGUUACUUUGUGCCUUUUAUUGUGGCUGUUUCUGUGGUUACUCUUUUUGCCUGGAUUAUAAUUGGAUUUGUGGAUUUCGAAAUAGUAGAAAAAUACUUUAUGGGCUACAAUAAGAGCAUUUCUGCAGCAGAGGUGAUAAUCCGCUUUGCUUUCCAAGCCUCUAUCACGGUCCUGUGCAUUGCGUGCCCCUGUUCCCUGGGAUUAGCCACCCCAACAGCUGUGAUGGUCGGUACUGGUGUAGGAGCCCAGAAUGGCAUACUGAUCAAAGGAGGAGAACCGUUAGAGAUGGCCCAUAAGGUAAAGGUGGUUGUAUUUGACAAAACGGGUACGAUUACUCAUGGGACUCCAGAAGUGAUGCGUGUGAAAUACCUAGUAGAGAGUAACCGGAUGCCACAUAACAAAAUGCUGGCCAUCGUGGGAACUGCAGAGAGUAACAGCGAGCAUCCUCUUGGAGCAGCAAUAACAAAGUACUGCAAAAAGGAACUGGACUCAGAAACCCUUGGGACAUGUACAGAUUUUCAGGUAGUUCCAGGCUGUGGCAUAAGCUGUAAAGUCACCAAUAUUGAAGCACUGCUCUACAGGAAAAAUAAGAUGGUUGAAGAAAACAAUGUUAAAAAUGUGACACUUGUGAAACUUGAGGAAAAUGUGGAGGAAUCAAUGCAGCCUGCUUUGAUUAUCGAUGCUGAUUUACCGACUACAGUGACUUCUCAAAAAUACUCUGUUCUCAUUGGGAACCGGGAAUGGAUGAACAGAAAUGGACUUCUUGUUAAAAAUGAAGUUGAUAAAGCCAUGAUUGAGCAUGAGAGGAAAGGUCGCACAGCAGUUCUUACAGCUGUCGAUGGAGUGCUUUGUGGCUUGAUAGCUAUUGCUGAUACUGUGAAACCAGAAGCUGAGCUGGCAGUCUACACUUUGAAGAGUAUGGGCUUAGAAGUUGUCCUAAUGACUGGUGACAAUAGCAAGACAGCACGAUCUAUUGCCUCUCAGGUUGGCAUCUCCAAAGUGUUUGCAGAGGUUCUUCCCUCCCACAAAGUAGCCAAAGUGAAACAGCUACAAGAUGAAGGAAAACGGGUGGCCAUGGUUGGAGAUGGUAUCAAUGACUCCCCUGCACUUGCUAUGGCUAAUGUGGGAAUUGCUAUUGGCACGGGUACUGAUGUAGCCAUCGAGGCAGCUGAUGUGGUUCUAAUUAAGGAUGACUUAAUGGAUGUGGUAGCAAGUAUAGAUUUAUCAAGGAAGACUGUCAAAAGGAUCCGGAUCAAUUUUGUCUUUGCUCUAAUUUAUAAUCUCAUUGGAGUUCCCAUAGCUGCUGGUGUAUUCCUGCCCAUUGGUCUGGUUUUGCAACCUUGGAUGGGAUCUGCAGCAAUGGCUGCCUCCUCUGUCUCUGUUGUGCUUUCUUCUUUGCUGUUGAAGAUGUACCAGAAACCAAGUUCUGAGAAACUCGAGUUCCGGGCCCGUGGCCAAAUGAAGCAGAAGAGCCCAUCAGAAAUCAGUGUCCAUAUUGGAAUUGAUGAGACCAGCACAAACUCUCGUAAACUGAGCUUAAUGGAUCGCAUCAUUAAUUACAGUAGAGCCUCCAUAAAUUCUCUCUUUUCAGACAAGCGUUCGGUGAACAGCAUAGUUCUUAAUGAACCAGAUAAGCAUUCACUGUUGGUGGGAGACUUUGGAGAAGAUGAUGACACAACAUUAUGAAAGACUCACACACACCCUCAAAAAAAGGCAGAAGAAACAAAAUGGAAAAAUAACCAAAACAACCUUAGCAACUGUCUACAAGUCUGUGCAAGCAAUGAUCACUUCUGGAGGUCGUUACAGAUGCUUUUUUACCUUUAUGGGGUUUGAUCUAUACAGGUAUUUCUUCCUUAAUGUAGAAAAUGAGUUUAUUAGUGACCUCCCAUUGUCCUUUUUUAUUUUUUUUUAGUUAGACUUAACAAAAACGAGUAGAAGCCGUUAAUGCUUGUGAGCAGCGCUGUUACCAUUCCAUGAUGUUUGCUUUUUUUGGCGGAAUGCCAAGAUACAAUUAAGGAGACUAAGGAACCAGAAAUGCACUUCCCUGCCUUGUAACAGGCUUCUUUAUGCGUAGUCAAGUUUAGUACUGUGUUUAAAAAAUUAUAAACUCCCACAUCUGUGAAAUACUGAAAGUUCUGUGUUUGCAGAUAGAUGUGCCUUAAAAACUUCAAGGACUGCUCUUGUAUCUAUAGCCUGCCUUGUACCAGGAAUGGUUCCUCUUGAAUGCCAGUCUUCUUGUAAACGUCUGGUUCCAGCUUUUCACACUCCUAGCAUCGUAACAUCUCACUGUCCGUGAUCUGGAUUUCUGUUAGACAGAUGACUGAGAGAUUUGGGGUUUCAAUCUUAACAUUGUACCCAUGUUUAACUCCUAUACAUCCCUGUUCCAGUACACUCCUAAGAUUGUGUGCUUGAAGGUUGAAUGGGCUGCUUGCUCUUUCUCAACUUCUAAGACAAAAACUCUAUCAUCAUCUAUGAACAUGAUGUGAUAUUAGCUGAAAUAUUUAGCUUUUAAAAAGGCAGCAAUGUAGUUAGUGCUUGCUUCCAGUAUCAACUAGCACUCCCCAAAUGAGCCAGAAUAAUUUGGUGUCACACGGACUGCCCUUAAAAGACUUCCAGUUCAAUCUCUGCGGAUAUCUACCGUCAUCAAAGAGUUCAUUAUCUGUCAGAUACUGCACUGACACUAGUUGCCUGUAGAGAGAUAAGUGGGCCAGGCGUGAUCCCCAGCCCACUCAAUAGAUCCUAACCUCCUUAGUUUGGGAUGUUCAGAUUCAGGCUUUGUGAAUUAAGACCAACUUCAUUUGUUACAGAACUGAAAUCUCAAAAUGCAGGUUUUGAUCAUUAAAUCUUGAAUAUUAAAAAAUUCUCAAUGAGAAAUAGAGUUGGUGUUCGUCACCCAGUAGCUAGCUACCUGUUUGUUACUUAAUAAACCUUGUUCUUUAAAUCCUGUGCUGAGGCAGCAAUCUAAAACAAUUCCUAGGUUCCAUAAUGUUUAAAUAAUAAAAUACAAUUAAUGGUGUAAACACGUAAUUCCCAAUAGUGCUAUUAGAGAAGAAAUACCCAAUGCAGAAUGACAGAUCUCUGUAAUAGUCUAGUUCUUAACUUGAAGUCUGUUAUCAAUGCAUAGAUCGUGCAUGUAGGAAGUCGUAAGUAGGGUUUUAUUUACUAUUUUUUUUUAACUACCAGGAAAAGUACCAGUGUAUGAAAGCAGCAAAGUUGUACUGUGGAUUAUGUUGUUAGUGAGUCAGUAUGCUUCUUAAAUUGCAGCGAGAUCGACAUAAUUUGUAAUUGUUGCUGCCACUGGUUUAAGAAACAAAGUAUUUCUGUUGCAGAAUUCGGUUCUUAGUAUCUCUAAGUGAAUAUGUUUUGAUUUGAAUUAGAUUCUAUGUAUAUCUUGUGUUAAGAAGUGCUGAGAUGCAUUACUGCAAAGUCAUUCCAUGAGAUGUUUCUCUCAGUUUUCAGCAAGAAAGCAGUUUCUCACAAAGCUGUUUCUUACGAAGUGGAUAAUUACCUGAAAACCAGCAGAAUGCUGUCAAACAGCUUUUAGUGCUUCAAGACCAUGUAAGCUGUUUCCAAAGAUUUUGGUUUUCUUCUUAAUUCAUUCUCACUCUCCGUGUUGUUCUUGGCAACAUUCUGCAGAUGAAACAAAAGAAGAGAUUUGCAUUUUUUAUUUUUUUUUGUCUGGGUUUUGCUGAUAAUUGGUCAUCUUAACCAUACAGCGGAGACACAAAGCAGAUCUCGACACACUCUCAGAUGGGAGUUUCACUACUGCAGGAGCUGGUCCAGCCCCUGGCUAUAGUACAUGUGGAAUAUAAGUGACAGACAUCAUGUUCUUAUUGCAGAAAACAGAGUAGUAAUAUAAGGUUAUAUUCCUGCUUGAUAGAUAAAGCAGCACGAAGAGUUUACUAAAUUCUUUCCAAAUUAAUUUUUACAGAUAGUAUGAGUGGAACCCAAAUUGCUCUGGAGUUUCUGAAAGGCUCAUAUGAAGUCAUACCUACAGCAGCACUGGUCAGGACCUACUGGCCCAGGAAGUCCCUUUCAAUCUGGUUUUUCUCUUUAACAAAAUCUGUCUCAAAAUGUUUUUUGAACCUGAAUUUAGUACACAGUGCAUUUGAGUGUUGUAUAGCUGAUUAAGGAAUUCAGAGUCCAGGUUUUGAAAAUAGGUUCUGUCCAGUCCUGCCCCUCUUCCCCCAAACGUGUAGUAUUGACUUAUAUGUUUGUUAUGUGAUUAAAAUAUUUUAAAGGUGCUUUACAGUGAAGAACCAAAGUAUUUUUCAGUUUGAAUGUACAAUACAAGUGAAAUCAUGUGAAAGGUAAAUGUUUUCCUAAAUAUAAAUGUUUUAAUAUGUAAGUAUCUUAUUCCUACUGGAGACUGUUUAGAUUUGAGAAUUGAAAAUAUCAUUUGGAAACAUAGUUACAAAUGAAAUUAUGUAUUACUUGUCUAUGUUAUUGUUUUCUAUAAUUAGCUAUUUAUAAAACCUGUACUUUAUUUAAAAAGGGAGAAACAGUACAUAUGCUCAAGGCUUUAAAAAUUGCUCUUUGAAUCUUGCCAAUAAACUUUUAAAAGUGUAGACACUUGAAAUUUUAAAUGAAGAAUGUGAAGCUGACAAAACACAAUGAAAGCAAGUAAACAAUUUUAUUUAUUACAAAUAUUGUUUAAAACAGAAGUUCCAUCCGAAUGCUUUAAAUUUAAGACUUUUAAUUCAUUUAUUUUGGUAUGAAAAAUAGAGAAAUGAAUAUUGUUAUAGACUGUUAAUUUAGUGCUGUUACAUUUCUUUAUAUCUGGAAAAAAAUGUAGUCUUGCACUUUCUAUUAACUGUGCCUCUAUCAUCAUAAUGACAAUUAUAAACUAUGUAAUAAAAAUGUAGCAUCCAAAGACUUUUUAAA